AUGUUGAUUCAACUCAGGCUAGGAGGCGAGAAGGGCAUUCGAGAGACUCUGAAUAUUCUGUAUCAAAUCGUCACUACCGAUACGCGAAUCAAAGAGUUCUUCGACGAUAAGAAAAUCAAGAAGAUAAAAGAAGGUCAAACGAAGUACUUCAUUGAAAUGUUUGGAGGUCCGAAGAAAUCCACCACCCGUGAGCUCUAUGCAAUUCACGAAACGCUCGGCAUCAACGAUUUCCAUUUUGACGCUUUUAUCGGCGACUUCCAGCGAGCUAUGCUGGGCACUGGUAUUGACGAGGUAGUCAUGGAUGAGGUAAUGAUUACCAUCGAGCAAGUACGACCACAAGUGAUGGGACGAAAGACUGUCGAAGUUGCUGGUGUAAUGAAGAACGGCAAGUCCCUGUUGAUGAGGUUAGGUGGCGAUAUGAACUUGGAGUCUCUCGUUGAGAAUAUGUAG